GCGUCUUGCCUCUGAUUGUGAUAAGCCACCUCCUCCGUCGCAGCAACGGGGACUGGAGAGCAGAACCGUUCUGAGGAGGCGAGAGAUUCGGAGCGGUAACCAUGAGCAUGCUUUUGGAAGAGGAAGAAGAGAUUUUAGUCCCUCCUGUUAAGGAGCCGUCCGUGAAUUCGGAUGACCCUCAGGAGCGGAUCCAGGCUCGGCGCCUCCGCAUCGCGGCUCGCGAGGAAGCACGGAGGCGGGAAGCACUUGGAGAGUCUUUAGAUCGAAAGAAGGAGAGAGAGGAAGAUCAGUCCAAGAGUUUCAAACAGAAAGAAGACAGUAGACAGAGGUUAGCUAAGCUGCUGCUCUCUGGCACAGAGCUGGUGACAAACGUCCAAGUUGCUGCUGAUACCAGAGAGAUUCACAGGAGGGUAGAUGAAGAUGAAGCAAAACGUCAGAGAUUGGAGAAGCUGGAGAAUGAAGUCAAGACCGGUCAGGAAAAGUUUGAUGACAUUACUUCAAAGUGGCAAGACAGUAAGACGAAGAGGAUUCCUCAAGAGCUGUGGGAGUUACUCAGUGGGCAGCAACAGCAAUGUGCUAUGCUGAUAGAAGAGAAGAACAAGCUUAUUAGUGAUUUACAACAGGAGUUAAAAGCAAAAGAUGACCAAUAUGUGAAAGAUCUAAAGAAACAGGGUGAUGACAUUACUCUGCUGCUAGAGAGGAUGGAAGAACAAGUGAAGAAUUUAAUGAAGAACUUCCGCCAAGAGCUCAAUAAUAUUGAGAAAGCAUUUGAGCUUGAGCGAGAAGAACUGCUGACUGGCAAUAAGAAGAAAUGGGAACGUGAGAUGCAUAUUCACAAUGCCAAGGAGCUGGAGUAUCUGAUAAUGCGCAUGAAGAGGGUAGAGGAUUAUGAGAAGCAGUUAAAUCAACAGAGAAUUCGGGACUCAGAAGAGUACAACUCCAUCAAGAUCAAGCUGGAGCUGGAUGUGCAGAUUCUAGAGCAACAGCUUCAGCAGAUGAAAGCAACUUAUCAGCUAAAUCAGGAAAAACUAGAGUACAAUUUCCAAGUGCUGAAGAAAAGAGAUGAAGAGAACACAAUCAUUAAAUCCCAGCAGAAAAGAAGGAUCAAUCGGUUGCAUGAUGUGCUGAACAAUCUAAGAAUGAAAAUGACAAAGCAGAUAAAGCAAUACCAGGAUGAAAACAUAUCCCUGACUGCAGACUACAAACGCAUUGUGACACAAUUCAGGGAUUUGCAAAAAACCAUGAGGCAUUUUGCAAUUAUCAAUGACAAGCAGUUUUAUGAGAUUUGGAUAAUAAAUGAGGACGAAGCAAAGGCUUUAAUGGAAAGAGCCCUUGAGGCAGACAAAAUCAUCCAGUUACAGCAGCUGGGGCUUCCCUGGACCAGACCUGAUUACUGGUUCAUGAAUAAUGUGGGGCCUAUUUCUCAGGUCAAGAAGAAGUCAGCUACAGAGUUAGUCCAAGAACUGUUACUUAUGGCAGAGGAGGAAGCAGAAGAAAGCACAAAAUCAAAGUUGAAAGAAGAAAAAUCUAGACUGACUCUCCCAAAAAAUUUAUCUGCAAAGACUGUCAAACAAAUCCUGGAGAUUAUGUGUGAUGAGUCGGGUUUUCUUAUAGAGAGUAAAUUGCUGAGGCUUCUCCGUCCCCUGGAGAGAAAUGAAAGCUGUCUACUGAAAUUAGACUCCAUCUUUGCUGCUCUUGGGAUUGAAAAUGAAGAUGAUGUUUAUGCACUGGUGCAAUUCUUUCUUGAAUUCCAAGCUGAGAGAGAAUCCUCUUCACAGAACCAAGAGGGCCUGUCUACAAUUCCAGAGGCUGAAGACAGUAUCAAAAAGGAAAGCAAUGUCCCAGGUGAAGGCAGGUCGCAACAAAUUCUCCAUUCUGAAGUCAUUCAUCCUAAUGAUGUUCUUAAGGCCCUGGAGGCUUAUGUGAUUCAUCAGCAGACACUCAGGGAGGAUCCAAUGCCAGUAAAAGUGGUGAAACGCAAAGAGAGAAGGGACAGCUCAAAGGACACCGAAUACUGGGAAUCCCUGGUUCAAAUCAUCUCUCUGGAUAGACUGAAGCUUUGGGACGCACUAUUUGAUGCCCUCCAGAAAUACCAUGAAGUCCUUACCCAGCGGGCUAAACUGCUGAAUGAAAAUGACUUCCUUGAGCAGCAGAACAGAGAGCUUCAGAUGCUGUUGCAACAGUACCUUGAUUCCAGGAUAAACCUUGAAUUACAAGUCCCUCCUACCCAGGUGUUAAAAGUGCCCAUGAUGUAAGAAGUCCAGGGCCUCAAGUGGGUACAGUGGAUGAAUCCUGGGCUGGCACUGUGGUCCUGCAUCUCUGGGAACAGUCACAGAGCUCGUAUUUAAACUUUCCGCAGCUCUUCCUUGCAUCUUGUUGCAUAUUGAAGCAAGCCACUGUGCAUAGUGCAUUAGUAGGUUGCAGUUCCAAUAAAAGUCUUUAAAAACCA